AUGGCGGCAAGAGGCUCGGAGGGUUCCAGCGGCAGCGCGACGACGACUGUUUCCCCUCCGGCGGUCGUUCACAUCAUCGCUGAGAAUCGGGAAGCGUCUUCGCAGGGAUCUGGCGACUCCACCGUGGUGCCGCUAGCCGAGCGCCGCGUGAGUUGGGAUGCGCACACUGUUGACAACGAGAAUAUGCACAAGAAGAAGAGCAAAAAGUGCUGCAUCUUCCACAAGCAACGGCCCUUCGGCGAGUCCUCAAGCGAGAGCGACACCGACUCAGACGACGACAAGCCGCAUGCGUCGAAGAAAGAACGGCGCCACGAGGCCCACUGCCCGCACCGCGACCAGCAAAACACUCCAACUCCAGAUGACCGGAAACCUGUCACGCCAGGUAACGCGAGCUAG